UGGGAAAACUGCCAGGGAUUAAAGGCCUUGUGUCUGGCUCUCAGGGGAAACGUCGUUUCAAGAGCGAGCUCUCCGUGGACAUGAUCAGCCCUCCGCUGGGUGACUUCCGUCACACUAUGCAUGUUGGUCGUGGCGGGGACGUGUUUGGUGACACUUCCUUCCUUAGUAACUACGGGGGCAUCAGGGAGCCAGGAAGUCCAGACUCAGCAAACAGCUCGAAGACAACUGGGUUCUUCACACGUACCUUUCGGCAUGUGCGCAAGAACUCUGGGGCGCGGCCGCGAGGGGGCUCCCGUGACUUGUCCCCCCCACCACCAGACAUCUCACCCAUAAUCAAGAACGCCAUCUCUCUGCCCCAGCUGAACAUGGACUCCCCCAAUGGGUGCAGACAGAGGGUGCUGUUUCCCAGCUCCAUCAGCUCAACAGAUGACGCCUUCUGCACAUAUGGUCUGCAAUCUGGGUUUGUCACGCUGCCCCGCCUCUCUCGCCUUGACAAACAGUUCCAAGAUGUAGACGUCCGGAAAGGGUGUAUACCAGACAGCGGUGGCAUCACACUGACACGCUCAGAGUCCCUCACUUCGUUCACUGUAGACCUCGGCCCUUCCCUUAUGACUGAGGUACUGAGCUUGAUUGACAACCCCAGCUGCCUUCAGAUGUCCAGCCAGGCAGCAGGUGAUAAAGAGGAAGGCGAGGAAGAGGAAGAAGAGGAUGAUGGCUCUCUAACAGAGACGCCUGUGCAGAGCCCUGGGCUGAAUUCACCCAACCCAUCCAUGGGGAGCGGGUCAUUCAGCAGGAAGAUGGACAACAGGGGGCACUCUUGUAGCUCUGACUGGACAGAAAAGGAGGAGGAGCGGUCCUGGAAGACACCAGAUGUGUGCUCUGGGUCUCCUCAGAGAGUGGAGCCUGCCAUAGAGGCAGAAAGGUUCCAGAAAGCAGCUGAUGUGCUGUCUCGUCAUUAUGGCGGAGGGUCCUUUACAAAGGGAACGAGGAUGAGCAGCGACACCACCUCUCCUGCUUUCUCCCACAGCAGCAAAACAUCAUAUGCCUUUUCUGAAGAGGAAGAAGAGAUCAAAGUCUAGAUGUUGAAACUCUUAAUGAAAGAGAGCACAAACUUCAUUGAUACAAUAAAAUCAUUCAAAUCUA